AUGCACUACGCGUCCAGCACACGCCUCUCUCUCCUCCCAUUUCAUUUACAGCUUCUCGUGCACGCCCGCCUUGCCUCCACCACUGCAUCCACAUCCGACGCAGGUCCCUCGUCCACCUCCUAUCCUUUCCCCGCACAUCCGAACCCCACCCCACACCAGAUCUUCCACCUACCGCACAGCGCAUCGCAGCAGGAAGUCAAGGCGCGGUACUACGACCUCGUGCGCGCACACCACCCUGAUGCCCCUGCCUGCCGUGCACUACCCCCCGAACUACGCCACGCCCGAUUCCAGGCCAUCUCCUCUGCGUACGAUGCACUCCGCGGGCGUACGCGCGUGCAGGGUCGCGCGUCGCGGUACGACGACGGGUUCUACGCGGAGGAGCUUGAGAGGCGGAGGAGGCAGCAUCGACGGCGCGCAGAGUACUGGAGUCGAUACGAUCGCCCAGGCGGUGCGGGCGCACAGGUACAUAUAGACACACAUGCUAGCGAGGGGUGGAAGGAUCAGGUAAUCGUCAUCGUGGGGCUUGCGGCUCUCAUCGUGGGCCUUGCUCCGGCCUUCUUCAAGAUCUCUGCCGCAGAUGCACGGCACGUCACUGCAGCGCAGAAUCUCGCGCAGGCGCGACGCGACGCGCGCGAGUUCGGCCAAGAACGCCGAAAUCAAAUUCACAGGCGCGUCGAAGAGCUGAAGAGCUCGCGUCCCGAGACAGUGGGCGAACAAGACGAUUCUAAUGGCGAUACAGGCGAGGCUGAGGCUGAGGAAGUAGACGCUGCACCUUUUGUCGGGCGUGCUAGACGGUGAGGGCCGAGUCGUCAGCCUUCGAAGACCAGUAGAUCUUGUUUGUAUUUCUUUUUAUUUCAUCUUGAGCAAUGUCCGUGAAUUUGACAUC